AUGGCUCUGGAGUUGUUGUACACUUCCCUCAUCUGCCUCGCCGCGCUCGCCGGCGGAGCCACCUCCGCUCCUCUGCACUUGCAGUGCCUGGACAACCCGCCGGACCUGACCGCCGCCGGAGCCCAGGCGGGAAAGGUCGUCGAUGACCUGGCCGGCUUCAGGGCCUACGUCACCGGCCCUGUCCACUCCGACCGGGCCAUCGUCCUGGCCUCCGACAUCUUCGGAUUCGAAGCGCCAUUGCUGAGGCAGGCAGCCGACAAAGUUGCUGAAGCUGGAUACUACGUUGUGGUGCCUGAUUUCUUCAAUGGGAAACCUUACACGGGUGACCCAAGUGUAAACAUCACACAGUGGAUAGAUGAUCACUCUCCGGUAAAAGCCGCUCGAGAUGCCAAACCAAUUUUUGCGACCUUGAAAAAAGAGCGAAAAUCUAUUAUUGGAGUUGGGGGAUACUGUUGGGGUGUAGGAAAGUUUGCAGUGGAGAUAGCAAAAAUGGACGAGGUGAAGGCAAUUGUCAUCUCCCAUCCUUCAUCCAUCGUUGUUGAUGAUAUGAGAGAGGUCAAGUGCCCCAUUGAGAUCCUUGGAGCUCAAAAUGACACAACUACACCACAGAAGUUCAUAUAUCAGUUUUUGCAUGCCCUUCGUAAAAGAAGUGAUAAGGCACCUUACUUCGGCAAGAUCUUUCCAGGAGUUGCACAUGGCUUUGCUUGUAGAUACAAUAGCACCGACCCAUUUGCAGUUAGAACAGCUGAACAAGCUCUUGCCCUAAUGCUCGGCUGGUUCAAGAAAUACAUGGAAUAA